CCAGUAAACCAGGCAAUAUAGGCGAUAGGCAACAUAGGCGAUAGGCAACAUAGGCAAUAUGGGCAAUCGAGCAAUCCAUCAAUCAUGCCAAUCUAGCCAAUCCUGCAAUCCUGCAACCCUGCCAAUAUCGCCAUUAUCGCCAUUAUCGCCAAUAUAGCCAAUAUAGCCAGUCCGUCCAAUCUAGUCGAUAUAGCCAAUAUGAACGCUCUUUUUUUGCUUUUGCUUGCGCUUCUCAUGCCAACCAUGGCCAAGCGGUCGCUUUCGGCCACCUCGUUGGUCACAUGCAUGAACAGCUCGCAGAGUUCACCAUCAUAUUUCGAUGUGACUUUCAACCCGGACGACAGAUCGUUCAAGUACUCGCUUGACUUGGUCACCGAAACGUCUGCCAACGUCACUGCGCACGUGCAAAUACACGCCUAUUUGUCAUCAUUGACAAGUACAUCGACAUGUGUGACUUGGACUCAGUUCUGCCCGAUCUACCUUGGAACCAUGCAGAUCGAGUUCAUCGAGUAUAUCUCUGAGCUGUACUGCAAGUUCCAGGAAUUGCAUAUAGCGUGCCGGACAUCGACGCCGUGGGAAAGUACAGACGAUCGUGUGACCGGAGAGCUUUUGUCGUGUCUCCAGAGCUCGUUUUCCAGCGGCAAAACAGUAUCGCGAACGGCCAUCGAAUGGCUCACGGCAUGUGUGGCUGGACUUGGCUUGUUGAUAGCUGCAGUGCUAUCCACAUUCGGAAACUCAAAUGCGGCGUCGCCUAUUUCCACCAACGCUGUGUCCUUAUUUUUGUACUUUCAAUCGGAGGUCGUGACAUCCUGCCAAGAUAGCCGAUACAGCCGAUACAGCCGAUACAGCCGAUACAGCCGAUACAGCCGAUACAGCCGAUACAGCCGAUACAGCCGAUACAGCCGAUACAGCCGAUACAGCCAGUAAAGCCAUCCAGCCAUCCAGCCGAUA